CUUUUGACUGCUCGGUAUCCAAAUCUGCCUCGGCGAUACCACCCCGGCCCGCACCAUGAGCGCCCCUGCAGCCUGCAGCCCGUCCCGCUUCGCAACAGAGAUCCUGUCGGCCGACCCCGAGUCGUUCUCGUUCGCACCCAGGGAUCCCGCCGAAUCGCCGCUGCUGAGGCCGGUGCUUCAGGUCAAGGACAGCCCCAAGGCCCAGCAAGACCAUGCAUCGCUUCUGAGGGCUGUCGAGCUUCUGAGGAGUAACGAGCCCGUCGCCAUCCCCACCGAAACCGUCUACGGCCUUGCUGCUAAUGCUCUGUCGCCCGAGGCCGUCGCAAAAAUCUUCCUGGCCAAGGGCCGUCCUUCCGACAAUCCGCUCAUCAUCCAUGUGUCGUCCAUCGAGAUGCUGCUCUCGAUUCUGCCAAGCGAGCUGAGCCACAGGAUCCCGCAGGUGUACCAAGCCCUCAUCGACCGCCACUGGCCCGGACCGCUCACGAUUUUGGUGCCGAGGUCCAGCAAGAUCCCCAAACAGGUGACCGGCGGCCAUGAUACCGUUGCCGUGCGGUUCCCCUCACAUCCGAUCGCACGGGCCCUCAUCAGCCUCUGCGGCUUUCCUCUGGCGGCCCCUUCGGCAAACACCUCCGGCAGGCCCUCACCCACACUCGCUGGGCAUGUGUUUGCCGAUCUCCAGGGCCGCAUCCCGCUCAUCAUCGACGGCGGCUCAUGCGACAGCGGAGUCGAAUCGACUGUGCUGGACGGCUUUGCGACUCCUCCGGCGAUUCUGCGUCCCGGCGGAAUCACCUACGAGCAGAUCAAGGCCUUUGAAGGCAUGGAAAACGUGCGGGUGUAUCGCCGGGACUAUGUUGAUGAAGCCCUCGAGGCUGCUCCCACCACACCAGGCAUGAAAUACCGCCACUACAGCCCCAAUGUCGAAGUGGUGCUCUUUGAAGUAUCCUCAACCGAGGGCCAUCUCCCGAACGAGGCCGUCCUUUCGAAACGGAGAGCCAUGGUCCAGACUGAAAUCACCAAGCGGCUGGAGUCCAGCCCAGGCCCGAUCGGGGUACUUCGAACGUGGUUUGCGGCGGGGGAUACCGAGGGCGGCUUUCGUUACGACGGAAACGUUGCCGAGCUUGCCCUCGGUGCAGAGUCCGAUCCGCACAAAGUUGCUCAAGAGCUCUUCAAGGGGUUGCGUGAACUGGAGGAGCGCAAGGUCGCAUACAUCUUUGUCGAAGGCAUCGGUGAGAAAGGCGAGGGUCUGGCCGUCAUGAACAGGCUCCGCAAGGCCGCCUCGACCGUGGUCUCUGUCUAGUACUCUGCCUGCAGAUGUGCUCUCAAGUCCCUCCAACAGUGUCCAGCACUCUGACAGCCAAUCCAAUAAAAAACAGGCUUUGGCCGUUGGUGAAUGUUCUGACUCAAAACAUCGCGCGCUGGCC